GGAAGGGACUCGGGACGUCCCCAGUCCCCGAGUCUCGGUCGCGCGUGGGGCCCGCGCCGGCCCCCUCCCAGCGGCUGCAGCUUGGCGGCUUCAUUCCCUCUCCGGGGAAGGGACUGUCUGUGUGUGGGGAGGGAGUCCUUGCAUUCCUUCACCCACUUUGCAGUCUCGGGCUGCGGUUUCUCCGAGUUCGAGGCUCGUAGAGACCCGAGGGUGUGUGCCCUGGUCCUGCGUGGCAGGUGGGGGAAAGCAGCCUUAUAGUGUAAUAGAGGCCUGGUUAGAGUCCCGCGGAACGUUAGCAUUUACUGCUCAGUUGCAGAAGGACGAGGAAAGGACCAAGAAGAUGGAAAAGGAGCAACUGGAGAGGAGGGUGGAAAACAGGAACUGGAGGUCCCUGAAAAUAGAGGGCAUCGUGUUUCCGGAAGGAGGGAGUUCAACUUGAUUCGCCUCUGUAGGGGAGGGGAAUGAAGCCCCUGGCAACCACUAAUCUACUUUGUGUCUAUGGAUUUUUCUAUUCUGGAUACCUCAUAGUAAUUCCUCUCCUGCAGUUACUUUUGGAUGGAAGUAUGCUCUUUUCCCAGUAGAAGAUGGUAAUCUUGGAGAAUGACCAUGGAGAAGGGGAUGAGUUCUGGAGAAGGACUACCUUCCAGAUCAUCUCAGGUUUCUGCUGUUAAAAUAACAGCUAAAGAGUUGGAAACAAAGCAGCCCCAUAAAGAGAAGCGAGGGGGCUUUGUGUUGGUGCAUGCAGGUGCAGGUUAUCAUUCUGAAUCCAAAGCCAAGGAAUAUAAACACGUAUGCAAACGAGCUUGUCAGAAGGCAAUUGAAAAACUACAGGCUGGUGCCCUUGCAACAGAUGCAGUGACUGCAGCCCUGGUGGAACUUGAGGAUUCUCCUUUUACAAAUGCAGGAAUGGGAUCUAAUCUAAAUCUCUUGGGUGAAAUUGAGUGUGAUGCCAGCAUAAUGGAUGGAAAAUCCCUGAAUUUUGGAGCUGUUGGAGCACUGAGUGGAAUCAAGAACCCAGUCUCAGUUGCGAACAGACUCUUGUGUGAAGGGCAGAAGGGCAAGCUCUCAGCCGGCCGAAUUCCUCCCUGCUUUUUAGUUGGAGAAGGAGCCUACAGAUGGGCAGUAGAUCAUGGAAUACCCUCUUGCCCUCCUAGCAUCAUGACCACAAGAUUCAGUUUAGCUGCAUUUAAAAGAAACAAGAGGAAACUAGAGCUGGCAGAAAGGGUGGAAACAGAUUUCAUUCAACUAAAGAAAAGAAGACAAUCAAGUGAAAAGGAGAAUGACUCGGGCACUUUGGACACAGUGGGCGCUGUGGUCGUGGACCAUGAAGGGAACGUGGCUGCCGCCGUCUCCAGUGGAGGCUUGGCCUUGAAACAUCCAGGGAGAGUGGGGCAGGCUGCUCUUUAUGGAUGUGGCUGCUGGGCUGAAAAUACUGGAGCUCAUAAUCCCUACUCCACAGCUGUGAGUACCUCAGGAUGUGGAGAGCAUCUUGUGCGCACCAUACUGGCUAGAGAAUGUUCACAUGCUUUACAAGCUGAAGAUGCCCACCAAGCUCUCCUGGAAACUAUGCAAAACAAGUUUAUCAGCUCACCUUUCCUGGCCAGCGAAGACGGCGUGCUCGGAGGAGUGAUUGUCCUCCGAUCCUGCAGAUGUUCUGCAGAGCCUAACUCCUCCCAAAAUAAGCAGACGCUUCUGGUGGAAUUUCUAUGGAGCCACACGACUGAGAGCAUGUGUGUUGGAUAUAUGUCAGCCCAGGAUGGGAAGGCCAAGUACCCUGAAAAGUACAGUAGUACAGCACAACAGCUGGCACACAGGAGCUCGCAUCCAGUGAACAGGCAAGAAGAGUUACUGACUGGAGGACAGAGAGGAGGUGGGAGAUGGUAGAGCUGAAGGAUCAUCAGCAACAGGAGACGGAGGGCAAGCUGCAAUUUCACUCACGCCUGACAUUAGUGCCACAGGUUCUGGUUCCUUGCUGGAUUCAAUUCUAUCUACCCUCUUGAAAAAACGAUCCAGUGAUGUCUGGGUAGUAGCUCUUUUUUUCUUGUCAUAGAAGACGCAGAGGCACUGGAUUGCAUUCUGAACGGUUGCUGCAACCUUCUUGUACCAUUCUACGUUAGGGUCCUGUGCCUCAAAAACUAACAGUGCCUCCUCAAAUAAAGAGAAUCCCCUUGCCAUUUCCUGCAUCGUGAAUCUCUUUGGUUCACCAGAAGCACUGCCACCAAACAGCACAGUUAGCCUGUCCUUUGCUGCUUUAUCGCCUGGCAUCAGCUUUUCCUCCUUACUGAUGUAACUUCGGUCUGGCAUCCUCUUGCAGUACAGUCCUGUCUCAUCCACAUUAAAAACCUGCUCAGGUAGAUACAUGCCUUCAUCAAUAAUUUCUUGAAGCGUUUCAGGAAAUACCCGGGCAGCUACCGUAUCUGCACUUGCUGCCUCGCCACUUACUUUUACGUUGUGAAGGUUGGCUCUAGCCUUGAACAGAUGAAACCAGCCAUGGUUGGCAUUAAAAGAUGCACCCUCUGAUUCUUCACCAUGUUUCUUCUUCAAGUCUUCAUAAAGGCUUUUAGCUUUCUCUUGAAUCACCAUUAAGCUGAGCGGGACUCUACACUGAUGUGAUCCUGCAUCCACACACUGAGAAGUUUCUCCAUCUCCUCCGUCACUUUUCCACGCUUCUUCGAUAUUAUUGUUGGCAUCAUCGGCACAGCAGACUUCACAUGUUCCAUGAUCUUGUCCUCAUUCUUCAGAAUCGUGCCGAUGGUUGAAUGAUUCAUGUUAUAAGAACGAGCGACGUCUACCAUCUUUUCGCCUCGCUCCUCUCUCUCAAUUAUUUUCACUUUUGUUUCCAUUGUUAUCGCUUGGUGCUUCUUAGCAGUACGAGCUACAUCACCGCUGCUUUUACGCUUGCUUCUGGACAUCCUGGGCUUGAAAUAAAGAUACUAUACUACAGUACUCUAUACAGUACUGCACAGUAAAGUACACAAAAACACAACCCCUUGCAGAGGAUGCACGCAUGUGACAGUGUACGCCAGGCACAUGAACUAACUUACGUAAUUACAUGCGAACACACGUUCGCAUCUUUGAAAGUUCACAAGUUGAAGGUUCAUAUGUAGGGGACUUACUGUAUAGCUAUUUUAGA